AUGCCGGAUGUGACAGGGGUUUCAGAUAUCUUGAGGAAUCCCUACAUCUUUUGUGUGCGUGGUCAAGAGAAGAAACUAGAAACAGAGACACUGAAAGUUUCCCAUCAAAAGUUUGGGGAUUUUCAAUACCUGUCAGUGAAUGGGCCUCAUCAAGCUGUGAGCCAAAUCCAGGAGCUCUGUUCGCAAUGGCUGCAGCCGGAGAUCCCCACCAAGGAGCAGAUGAUAGAUCAACUAGUGCUGAAACAGUUUCUGAGCACCCUGCCAGAGGAGAUUCAGACAUGGGUGAGGUCAAAACAGCCCAAGAACAGCAAAGAGGCAGGAACCAUGGUGGCAAACUUUAUUCAGGCAUGUGAGAAGGAAGGUUUCCUUGCUCAGGACUCUGUCCCUGCAGAAAAGAGGAACACAGAGAUGUUAGACAAUCUGCCAUCUGCUGGGUCCCAGUUCCUGGACUUCAAACACUUAGGCACAUUUCUGGUGUUUGAGGAGUUGGUGACCUUUGAGGAUGUGUUUGUGGACUUCAGCCCAGAGGAACUGAGCUCCCUUAGUGCUGCUCAGAGAAACCUCUACAGGAAGGUGAUGCUGGAGAAUUACAGGAACCUGGUCUGCCUGGGGUACCAGUUCUCUAAACCUGACAUUAUCUCACGCCUGGAAGAGGAGGAAUCACGUGCAAUGGAGACAGACAGCAGACAUACAGUGAUUUGUCAAGGAGAGUCUCAUGAUGAUUCAUUGGAACCACACCAGGGCAACCAAGAGAAACUUUUGAGUCCUAUAACAAUGAAUGACCCCAAGACUCUCACUCCGGAAAGAAGCUAUGGCAGUGAUGAAUUUGAGAGAAGCUCUAGUCUUAGUGAACAAUCAGAGGAUCCUCUAGGAAAGGAUCCCCAGGAAGGCACUGCCCCUGGAAUAUGUACGAGUCCCCAGUCAGCAUCCCAAGAGAACAAACACAACAGAUGGGAAUUUUGCAAACGAACCUUUAGUACUCAAGUAGCCCUUGGGAGACACGAACAGAUCCAUACUGGGAAGAAACCCUAUGAAUGUAAACAGUGUGGUGAAGCCUUCUAUCUCAUGCCACACCUCAACAGACAUCAGAAGACCCAUUCUGGUAGGAAGCCUUCUGGCUCCAAUGAAGGUAGAAAGCCUUCCAUCCAGUGUGCGAAUCUCUGUGAACGUGUAAGAAUUCAUAGUCAGGAGGACUACUGUGAAUGUUUGCAGUGCGGCAAAGCUUUUCUCCAGAAUGUGCAUCUUCUUCAACAUCUCAAAGCCCAUGAGGCAGCAAGAGUCCUUCCUCCUGGGUUGUCCCACAGCAAGACAUACUUAAUUCGUUAUCAGCGGAAGCAUGACUACAUUGGAGAGAGAGCCUGCCAGUGUUGUGACUGUGGCAGAGUCUUCAGUCGGAAUUCAUAUCUCAUUCAGCAUUACAGAACUCACACUCAAGAGAGGCCUUACCAGUGUCAGCUAUGUGGGAAAUGUUUCGGCCGACCCUCAUACCUCACUCAACACUAUCAACUCCAUUCUCAAGAGAAAACUGUCUAGUGCAAUCACUGUUGAGAAACCUUCAGGCACAGCACACACUUUUCUCAACAUGUUUGGCUUCAUCCUAGAAAGAGUGUUCUGAAUGUGAGAAGGUCUUUCACUGGCCCCCACACCUUGUUAACAACUUGAAAAUUCAUCAAAGUGUGGUAAAAAAAAAAAAAAAGUUGCAAUUUUUUGAAGAGGGGAUUCCUCACGUGUCACACAGGUGAAAAGCUUACAAAGAAUAUUUUUGUUGCAUAGGAAAGUAGCUAACAGAUUUUGCCUUUUUCAGUGAUACUCAUCGUGAGGGAGGAUUGCCCUCCUUUCUAUCAGAAUGGAUUCGUGGAUAUGUAUUCUAUGGGCUGUAAUUCAGUACUGUCAUUUAUUUUGUUGUUCAAAUGGCUACAGCUUUGGCCAUUGGGAGCUCUUUCAAGUCGGCUCCUGUGCCUUUUCCAUAAGCUCCCAUCCUUUUCAGGAACCACUUCCUUUCUGCAUCUUCCAUAAUUUUUCUCCCUUCACCUCCAGGAAAACCCUGUCAUGUCUUUAAGGUAGUUUCUACCUCAUUCACUCUCUCAUGAAAUCCUGCUUCUUUCCCCAUGGUCAGAAGACUCAUAGCCUGAUCAGUCUUUUAUUUCACUUCUCCCGUUGCAGUUUUUGCUAAAUCUGUAUUCUGCUUGAACUGUUAUUUACUUAACAUAUUUUUAAUGGACUCAUUUAUGUUUUUUAAACGUCAGUACCUCUACUUAAAAAGGAAAUUUUUAAAUCACCUCAGACAAAGGGUUUUACUCACACCAUAACCAGACUUCCCUGAUCAUCUCCAAGAUGUCCUUUGACAGUUGGCUUGUUUCAAUCUGGUCUAAAUGUGGUCCACAGAUUGCAUUUCGUUGUUUGAUCUCUUAAGUCUCUUAAUCUAAAGCAAUCCCCUCUCACAAUUUUAAGGCCUGUGCAACCCUGAGGUUAAUAUAGAACUUCCCUCCUGUUCCUACCCAGUUCGUGAUAUGUCUAACAGUUUAGACACUCCUCUUCAUGUUUACAUUUUCAAAUUUAGAAGAACUCAUUUAAAAAUUCUUAUAUUUCAUUGUGGUAAAAACCACAUAAAGCUUAGUGUCUUAACUGUUUUUAAGCAUACAGUUCAGUAAUGUUUAGUAUAUUCACAUUGUAGGCUGGGCACGGUGGCUCGCGCCUAUAAAUUUAGAAACACUCAUGUUUUAAGUUUUUUAGUGGUGAUGCAAGUAAUAUACAUUCCUUGAAGAAAACUAGAAAAUGUUUGUUUUUUCUUUGAAUAUUUGUGUUUCCCCCUCCCAAAUAUACUUGCUGCUAAAAGUUUGUGCCCAUUUUUUCUUAUGCAUAAAUCUGUAUAGUUUCUAAAAAUUAUAUUUUUAGGCUGGGCAUGGUGGCCCAUGCCUGUAAUCCUGGCACUUUGGGAGU